AUGGCGACCGAUCAAGACAAAGAGGACAAGGCUGCGCUCGAUGCGCUCGAGUCGGAAGCCAAGGAAUGGGACAAGGAUGCGGAAAUCGACAGAAUCUUGAGAGCCUUUCGGCUGGAUGCGUACGCGGUCCUCGAUCUCCAGCCCGGCGUGCCCGAGUCCGACAUCAAGAUGACGUACCGCAAAAAGUCGCUCCUCAUCCACCCGGACAAGUGCAAGAACCCGCGGGCGCCCGACGCCUUUGACCGGCUCAAGAAGGCGCAGACGGAGCUCAUGGACGAGAAGCACCGGGAGCGGCUCGACGAGGCCAUUGCCGACGCGCGCAUGCUGCUGAUUCGCGAAAAGAAGCUCACGGUCGACUCGGAGGAGCUCAAGACGGACGCGUUUGCCCGGCAGUGGCGCGACAAGGCGCGCGAGGUGCUGGUGGACGGCGAGCAGCGCCGCCGGCGGCAGGCCAAGGCGCAGAUGCAGGAGGAGGGCCGCGAGCAGCGCAGGCAGGACGAGGAAAUGGACGAGAGGAAGCGGAAGAGGCAGCACGAGCAGGACUGGGAGGCGACGCGCGAGGAGCGGAUCAGCAGCUGGAGGCAGUUUCACAAGGGCAAGACGUCGGCGGCGACGGCGGCGGCGGCGGGGAGUGGGAGCGGGAGCGGCGGGGUGGGUGAGCCCGACAAGAAGAAGAAGAAGAAAAAGAUGAAGCCGAUUGGCUGA